CCCUAACAUCUCAUGGGAACUCCCAUAAUCUAUCUUUCUGUUGCAUUUUAUUGGCAUCAUAUUUUGGUUGUUUCUUUUUCCUAAAAAAUAGACUUUAAUUGAACUAUCAUGUUGAUAUGGUGAUUGAUGAGGAUAAAACACAAGACUCAAGGAUACAUUAAGGCUCUGUAGAUUGAUGAACAUCUAGUUUCUAUAAUGUGUAAAAACUACCAAUUAACUUCUAUAAUAUACUAUUUGAUUAUUUGGCAGCGUAGAAGUUAGAUUGAAUUUCUAUAAUUGUACAAGUUAGAUGUUAACUUCUACAGCAGGUAGAAACUAGUAACUAGUUUAUACAACGUGUACAUAUUGUAGAAGCUAAUACCGUCUACAAUAAUAUUGAAUUCAGAGGUAUUUUCAAGAUAAGUGGUGCUCAAUUGACUUUUUAGAAGAAAAAAAAAUGAGCAUCAAUAUGAUAUUUCUAUUAAUUUAGGGUGUCCUUUGGAUAUUUUUACCCUUUUUUAUAUUCUUUCAUCUCCCACUAACUCCCAAAUCCCAUCCCAAUUAAUCUUCUAUUUAGUUAUAAGAACAACUAUAGAAAGCAUCAAAAUUAAAAACACUCAUUGGAAUCAUAAUCAUCCCUGUAAAACUCCGCCAUUAAAGCUUGAAAUCGUCGCCACAAAUUUGUCAAACCAGACAUCAAAUUAACAUCAAACGCCCUCUCUCUCUUUCUCCUUCCCUCAUGGCGACGCUGGCGCAAGAACUGAAGCCAAAGAGGCUCUAUCAAGUCUGGAAGGGAAACAACAGAUUCUUUUGCGGCGGCCGAUUCAUGUUUGGCCCAGAUGCAGCCUCACUGCUUCUUUCCGUACUCCUGAUCGUCGGACCGACCGUCACAUUUUGUUAUCAAAUACUCACAAAGAUCAAGCACAAUAAGCGUGUCGCAGUUCCCGUUCUCGUCCUGACAUUAGCCGCCACUGUUUUCGAUUUGGUGGCGUUGCUGAUGACGUCGAUCAGGGACCCGGGCAUCGUGCCGAGGAACUCACGGCCGCCGGAGGCAGAGGAGUCGUCGUUCAAUGGGGCGGCGGCAACGCCGUCGAUGGAGUGGACGGGGAGGACGCCGCGGAUGAGGCUGCCGAGGACGAAGGACGUGAUGGUGGACGGGUUCGCCGUGAAGGUGAAGUAUUGCGAGACGUGCAUGGUCUACCGGCCGCCCCGCGCGUCGCACUGCGCCAUCUGCAACAACUGCGUGCAGAAGUUCGAUCACCACUGUCCCUGGCUCGGCCAGUGCAUUGGCUUGAGAAACUAUCGGUUCUUCUUGUUAUUCAUAGGGACUUCAACGUUUCUAUGCGUCUUCGUCUUCGUCUUUUCUUGGCUGAACAUAAUCGUGGAAAAAAGUCAUUAUCACGGAUCAAUCAUCAAGACCAUGAAAGCCCAGCUCCUCUCUCUGGUGCUCAUGCUCUACACCUUCGUCCUCUUCUGGUUUGUUGGCGGCCUCACUGCUUUCCACCUCUACUUGAUCGCCACAAAUCAGACGACUUACGAGAAUUUCCGAUACCGCUACGACAAGAAGGAGAACCCUUACAACAGAGGCUACUUGAGAAACCUCAGGGAUGUGUUUUCGUCGAAGAUACCUCCUUCCAUGCAUGAUUUCCGGUCGUGGGUGCUCGAAGAGACUCCGCCUUCUACUCCAAACAUCAGAGUGGUCGAUGUCAUAAGCCGAGCAGAGAUGGGCAGUGAAGAACCAGUGACUGAUGCCAUUCCGCCCUUGCUGCGGAAUUUAGAUUAUAACAAGAUUGAGGAGGGCGAGGAUGUCAAAUUCAGGAAUGAAGCUGAUUCUUCUGGCGUCCUUGAUUAUCCUGUCGCCCACAGUCCUCGUUCCUCCAUUGAUUCUCUGCAAAGCUAUCGAGGAGAUAAUGGAGGUUCCACAGAAGAAACAGCAGGUGAAGAAGUUGAUGAAAGUGAAAAUUAUAGCAAGGAAUACUCGAUUGCAGCACACACAAACGAAGGUCUAGCUGAAGAGUUUCAAUCCAAGGUAGCUUUUGCAGAACAAGGUAAAAUCUAAGUGAGAUUGAAGGUCUAACUGUGUAGUAGAUUUCUACUAAAUACUCAUCUAGAGAUGUGCUUGUGUACAAUUCUGCACUGUAGUUUCUGUUGUUUGCCAGAGAUUUAAUUUGUUGUUCUUUGUUGAUAAAUGGAAUAAAAUGAUGCAUGCAAAGAGUUGUUUGAAGUGCAAACUAUUAAAGAGCAAUGAAAAGUGUAAGGCUUCUAGCUAACAGCAAUCAAAGAGCAAAGAAAAGUGCUUCACCAGGACUAGAUGAAGAAGGCCACUGAUAGAAGAUAACCCCAAAAAUUGUAGUUGUUUCCCGUGAUAGUUCCUACUACUUUUCAACAAAAUUGUAGUUGCACAAACACCUAUAGCAUUUUCAGCAGAUAAAAUUUUAAGCUUGUACUGUGUAUACAGGCCACUGAGAAAGGCACAGGUUCAUUAUAACCUCCAAAAGUUU